CGGUGGGCAAAGCGCGCGUGAAAAGUCGCAGUUCGAGUCAGUCGCUUCUGAACCGCCGCGCAAGUCGUGUUGUCUUUUAUAAAAACACGCGCGUAUUAAUAUACGGUAGCUCGCUCGAAAAUAUACAUACCUACCUAUGCAAUAGAGCAGUAGCAGCAGCACGUGUGUUUGAGGAAGAGUAUAUAUAUCGGAGCAGCUGAGCAAUAGCAGCCGCAACGGCGACUUUUAAGACGGGCGCCAAGUGCCUAUCGGCGGGCAAGAAAAAAACGCACAUCUCCGACAUUACCAUUUGGCAAGAAUCAAUGGGCAGGUGACCACUUCUCUCGAGCGUAAUCAUCAUAAGCUCAUUUUCUGCUCACCGGAUGAAAGAUCGAUUCACCCGUCGAAAAUACCUGCUCCAUUAAUUGACCGAUUGGCUAGACUUUGUGUGUUUACAAGGUAUACAAAUGUCUUUGGCAAAGAUUGGACCGACCACCCUUAACAAUAAAGUUCCAAGGAAAAUUUAAAUAAAAUCAACCAAAGAAAGCAAUCCUCAACUAGACACAUAUCAAGCAACGAUCAGGAACACGAAGAUUAUUGGUCGAUACGAUGGAGUCGGUGCGUCUUUCGAACGUGGCUAUCAUAGAGACCAUCUCUAUGAUGGAGUUGCAUACAAAGAGUGCGAAAGAGGCAACAUCUAUUAAGGUGAACAAUAGUAAGAGCUCAAGUUACUCGAACGCAAAGGAAAAAGAAAUUGUCAGCACUUACGGAGCUUUCCAAUCAAAAGAUCCGAUUCUACAAGAUGAUGUCGAAGCUCGCGGAGGCGGGGACGACGGCCACGGCAUUGGAUCCGGACACACAACUGGAUACAUCGAAACACUCAUGCACCAUUUCAAGGGCAACGUCGGAUCUGGCAUGUUUGCUCUAGGCGACGCAUUCAAAAAUGCCGGUCUUAUGCUCGGACCACCGUUGACCAUUAUUCUAGGAGUAAUCUGCAUUCAUGCUCAACACAUUCUGCUCAAUUGCAACGAUGAGGUGCAGCGAAGGCUAGGCGAUUCCUUAGCUUCGCAACCUGGAUAUGCUACUACGGUGGAGUUAUGUUUUGCCACUGGGCCAUUGGCACUCCGAAAAUAUGCAGUUUUCAUGAGAAAAUUAGUUAAUCUAUUUCUAUGUAUUACGCAACUUGGAUUUUGCUGCGUCUAUUUUGUCUUUAUUUCGACGAAUAUGAAACAGGUUCUGGACGUUUGGGGCAUCAAAUUAGACCUGCACUACCAUAUGGCCGUGGUGCUGAUACCGAUAAUGCUGAGUACCUGGAUUCGCAACCUCAAGUUCCUAGUGCCACUGUCCUCGCUGGCCAAUCUUCUUAUUAUCACAGGCUACAUAGCGACGAUCUACAUCAUGUGCCACGAUUUGCCACCUAUAUCCGAGAGGCGGUACGUCGCCAACUGGGACAUGAUACCCCUGUUUUUCGGCACGGUCAUUUACUCUUUCGAGGGCAUCACUUUGGUUUUACCUCUAAAAAAAGAAAUGAAGAAACCUAAAAAUUUCGACAAACCAUUGGGAGUAUUAAACGUUGGUAUGGUCAUUGUUGGAGCAAUGUUCGUUGCCCUUGGUUUUUUGUCUUAUCUCAAAUACGGAGAUAAAAUAGAAGGCUCGGUCACUCUUAACUUGGAACCAAAAGCAGAUACGUUGAUGCAGGAAGAAUUUAGUUUUACCACAAGCCUACCUCAAUGCAUCAAACUAGCCAUAUCAUUGAGUAUUCUACUGACUUACGCUCUACAGUUCUACGUGCCGAUCGCCAUUAUGUGGCCGGAAUUUCAAAAUUAUUUUGGACCUUGCCGUUGGCCUGUCGCUGGAGAGAUCAUGUUCCGUUCGAGCAUGUGCUUCAUAACUUUCAUAUUGGCCGAGGCCAUUCCACAUUUGGGCCUGUUCAUCUCAUUGGUAGGCGCAGUGAGCAGCACAGCUCUAGCCCUGAUAUUUCCUCCGAUCAUCGAGAUCGUGAUCUGCUGGCAGAACGCGACUCUCGACAAAGCCGUUGUAACGAAGGACGUCUGCAUACUUUUGAUCGGUAUUCUCGGCUGUGCUACCGGUACCUACGAGAGCGUCACGCAAAUUGUCAAAGCAUUUACAAAGUCAGGGUGAUUAUCGAGUAUCGAGUAAUAUCAUUUUCACAAAAGUGUUGGACUUAUCUCAAUAUUUACAUACGUACUACUAGAUACAAGUAUAAGUUGGCAUUGUUCAAAACAAAACAUUGUGUAAAUAUUACGAUGUGCCUCAAGUAUUUUCACAGACCUGAUUAACGUGCUCUUUCUUUGCAAUACUAAAUACCCUAGCGUUAAGAGAUCAUCGAAUACAUGAGGGACUCUCAUGUAACGAAGCUGUAAAAAUAUAUUUAAAUCCGUCAUUGAUUCGUUCAUUAUGAACAUUUUAAGAAAACUGAACUAAACUUCAAUCGAAUAAACCUGAAGAAAUCAUAAUCAUUAUUGAUAGCUUAUUAGAAUGUAUGUAGUUAUAGUUGCUUAGACUAUAUAACUUUUUAUGACUAUAUAGUUGAUAUGUAUAAAAUGUAUUAAGAAUUUUAAUAUACUCUUUCUAAAGAUGAAUUUACAACUUUUGUGUAAAAAUGUACAGUAUAUUUUAAAGUGAUUAUGAUAGUUUUAAGAUAAAAGUAAAGCAAUAAUUAAAAAGAGAUGAUAAAAAAUGUAUUAUAUUCAAAAAAAUGAUUGAAAUUUUGUA